AUGUUUCUCAAGACAUUUUUCAUCCGUUACGUCAGGGUGCACUGGGACGUGUUCAGGUCAGGAGGAUCUCCCAUGGACGCGAUGAUCCGCCGGUGCCCUUUCCUCACCGUCGUGCCCGGUGUGGUCCUGCAGCUGGCCGGGAAGUCCUCGCUGCUGAGCUAUGCCCAGAAGUGCCCCGUGAUGAUGGACCUGGCCUCCAGGCCUCUGGCCAGAGCUCUGUCCUCUUCGGCUUCUGCGUCCAGAGGCACUCCAACAACCGACGAUCAAAAGCAUGAAGACCAGUUUCCCCCGGGUCAUGUUACGCCACCUGCUGGCCAGGCCGCCGCCUCCAGAUGCCCGUUCCUGGCUGCAGAAAUGGAGCAGAACAACAACCGGGUGGUGAGAGAGGCCAGCAUGGAGCUGCAGGAGGACGUCCAGGAAAUGCACUCUGUGCGCACAGGGAUGAAAGACGUGGAUCCAAUCGAGGCCCACGCGGGGGCACCGAAAGGCCUUCUUAGACCCGUGUCUCACCUGCUGAAGGACAAUCUGCCUGAGGUCGUCGCCUUCCAGUACGACAAGUACUUUGAGAAGAGGAUUGAGAGCAAGAAGGCGGAUCACACGUACAGGGUCUUCAAGACGGUGAACCGGCGCGCCUCCUCGUUCCCCAUGGCCGACGACUACUCGGAGUCUCUCCGCUCGAAGCGAGACGUGUCCGUGUGGUGCAGCAACGACUACCUCGGCAUGAGCCGUCACCCCAGAGUCACCCAGACCAUCAUGGAGACUUUGCGAAAGCACGGCGCCGGUGCUGGAGGCACACGGAACAUUUCAGGGACGAGCAAAUUCCACGUGGAACUUGAGCACGAGCUCGCGGACCUGCACGACAAGGACGCCGCGCUGCUCUUCACUUCCUGCUUUGUAGCCAACGACUCCACGUUGUUCACUCUGGCGAAGAUACUGCCAGAUUGUGAAAUCUACUCUGACGCCGGCAACCACGCCUCGAUGAUCCAGGGAAUAAGAAACAGCGGGGUCAAGAAGUUUGUCUUCCGUCACAAUGACGUCGACCACCUGCACGAGCUGCUCGAGAAGUCGGACCCCUCCACUCCAAAGAUCGUUGCCUUUGAGACGGUGCAUUCAAUGGACGGCGCCGUGUGCCCACUGGAGGAGAUGUGCGACAUCGCCCACGAGUUCGGCGCCAUUACCUUCGUGGACGAGGUUCACGCCGUGGGUUUGUACGGGCCCAGAGGAGGAGGGAUCGGGGACCGAGACCGAGUCAUGCACAAGAUGGACAUCAUCUCUGGAACCCUCGGCAAGGCGUUCGGCUGCGUGGGCGGCUACAUCGCCAGCACCGCCGCCCUGGUGGACACCGUGCGCUCCUACGCCGCCGGCUUCAUCUUCACCACCUCCCUGCCCCCCAUGCUGCUGGCAGGGGCGAAGGAGUCCAUCAAGGUCCUGAAAAGUGAGGAGGGCCGAGUGCUCAGGAGGACGCACCAGAGGAGCGUCAAGCUCCUCCGACAGAUGCUGAUGGACUCGGGCCUUCCGGUGGUCCACUGCCCGAGCCACAUCAUACCUGUCCGGGUGGCGGAUGCAGAGAAGAACACUGAGAUCUGCGACAUCAUGAUGUCUCGUUACAACAUCUACGUCCAGGCCAUCAACUACCCCACCGUGGCGAAAGGGGAGGAGCUGCUGCGCAUCGCGCCCACGCCGCACCACACGCCCCAGAUGAUGUUCUUCUUUGUUGACCGGCUGGUGAAGACGUGGAAGGAGGUGGGGAUGGAGCUGAGGCCGCGCUCCUCGGCCGAGUGCGACUUGUGCCGGCAGCCUCUCCACUUGGAGCUGAUGAGCGAGAGGGAGAGGUCCUACUUCACAGGCCUCAGUCACGUUAUAUCAGCGGUGGCCUGAACACCGGCGAGCCUCGCCUCACCCAGUAUUCAAGCUGUAUUUAUUGUAAUCACGUUAACUGCGUCGUAAAAUGUCCUGUGGCACCAAAUAAAUGUGUGGGGUAAGUGUUGAU